AUGGCCGUCCCCAACAUCAAGCUGAACAGCGGCUUUGACAUGCCCCAAGUGGGCUUCGGUCUGUGGAAGGUUGACAACGACAUUGCCGCCGACACCGUCUACGAGGCCAUCAAGGCCGGAUACCGUCUGUUUGACGGCGCCUGCGAUUACGGCAAUGAAGUUGAGUGUGGCCAGGGUGUUGCCCGCGCCAUCAAGGAGGGUCUCGUCAAGCGUGAGGAGCUCUUCAUCGUCUCCAAGCUCUGGAACACCUUCCACGAUGGCGAGCGCGUAGAGCCCAUCGUCAAGAAGCAGCUCGCCGACUGGGGCGUCGACUACUUCGACCUCUACCUCAUCCACUUCCCCGUCGCCCUCGAGUACGUCGACCCCUCCGUCAGAUACCCUCCCGGCUGGCACUACGAUGGCAAGUCCGAGAUCCGCCCCUCCAAGGCCUCCAUCCAGGAGACCUGGACUGCCAUGGAGAGCCUCGUUGAGAACAAGCUCUCCAAGAGCAUCGGUGUGUCCAACUUCCAGGGCCAGCUCCUCUACGACCUCCUCCGCUACGCCAAGAUCCCUCCUGCUACCCUGCAGAUCGAGCACCACCCCUACCUGGUCCAGCCUGACCUGAUCAAGCUGGCUGCCAACGAGGGCAUCGCCGUCACCGCCUACUCUUCCUUCGGCCCUGCUUCCUUCAAGGAGUUCAACAUGGAGCACGCUACCGACUUUGUCCCUCUCUUUGAGGAGCCAACCGUCACGGCCAUUGCCAAGAAGCACAACAAGGAGCCUUCCCAGGUCCUUCUCCGCUGGGCUACCCAGCGUGGUCUUGCUGUCAUCCCCAAGACCAGCCGCAAGCACGUCCUUGCCCAGAACCUGUCUGUCACCGACUUCGACCUCGAGCAGUCCGAGAUCGACAAGAUCAGCUCCCUUGACAGGAAGACUCGCUUCAACCAGCCCGCAAACUACUUCCCCACUGAGAAGCUUUGGAUCUUUGGUUAA